UCACAGUCAUGUGACCAAAUACGGAAAUAAUUAUGCAGUUUGUCCACAAUGGCAGCAUGAUACUUUGACACAAGUUUAUUAUAUUGCAGACACAUUUUGAAGCAAAUAUAGUAAUUGUGUCUGUAUUCUUAUAGUCUUUAUGAAAUGUGAAAUCAGAUAUGGUGCUGUGUUUCUUAAUCCACACGGUGUGCCCGGUGAGCGCUCUGUCCGCAGGCGAGAUCCGGAUACUGUACGCGCGCGUAUUCGGACCAGAGACCGGGGAUGGUUGCGAUUUCACACCGGAGCAGAGACGACUGGUGCAGAAAGAGAAACUUCACGUGGUAGCGAGACAGGUGAGGAGUGCGGUGGCUCUGAGUAGGGAGGCCUCAGGCAGUCUGUGCACUGAGGCUGUGCUGGGCGAGGAGGCUGUCGCUCUGGGUGAAGCUGACAGAGGUGUGUUUUCCCUGGGCAGUGCAGAGCUGUUUCCAGAUCGGAGUGUUGUUCUGUGGCUGGGGGUGCAGUCGCUAGCAUUCACUCUUGUCUGCAGACCACACGAGAACCUUCUGCUCGCAGAGGGAGCGCUUCGCAACAUUGCACGUCACUGCCUGGAGGAGCUACGUCUGCUGGGACCUGGUGCUGAGGUGUUGCUGAAAAGUGAUCGAGUGGACGCAUUGUUGCACAGACUCCUUCCUCAUGGUCAGCUCCUCUUCCUCAACCACCGUUUUGCCUCCAGCCUGGAUAAAGAGAUAACAAACUACGUGAGCAAAUGAAAGAGUGUGUAUUGGUAGAAUCACAUUGGUGAGCCAUUUGCCACAUAUUUAGAGGGUAAUAUAUAAAUAUGCCUGAUAAAUCCUGGAUGUUCUGAUCUAGGAGAUUUGGAGGAACUACUUCUCCUUUGAAGGUGUAAUGAUGGUUCAAAGAAGGCAUUUGAAAAGAAGAAGAUUGUACCCACAAAGUGUAUUGUGAACUGGUUUUUCCCUUUGAGGAAGCCAGAAGGCACAUGUUCUAAAACUUUAAUUGCAGUUUGACAUCAGAUUAGAUGGAAAAAAGAGUGAACCACAAAAGUAGUACAGCUUAUAAUAUCCCAGUGAUAGAUUCUUCAAGUAAAGCCCUUUACACAUUUGAUUGUUCAGGCAGAAUGACUUUGGAGUACCUGAUUAACUGCUCAUAAAUGGUCAGUUGAUAACAUUGUUCAUUGAGUUUCUUGUUAAUUAAAGUCUGAAUUUAUAUUAUUAUUAUAUGAUAUUACUGUCUGGAUGGGUCAAAAUAAAACCAUUGUGUUAUA